CUGACAUACUAUUUAUUGUUUAAAAUUUAUUGAAAUCGUAUUUGAUCUAAAGAAUGUGUUAUAACAUUGUGCUCUUGUAUAUUUUUCCUUCGGAGAACUUCAUUGUUAAAUGUAUGUACAUUGUCUUCCAAAGAAGCAUUUGAGAUUACUGUAGAUGUUCUGGUAAGGGCACAGGUUCGUUCAACUUUGAAGAGUUUGUGAAGUGAUGGCAACAAACCAGAUCCUGAGAGAACUACAAUGGGCUCAGCAAGCCAUCAAAUCAGAGGGCCUAAAUCUGCACAGUAUUUCCUUCUACCUCUCUCAACCAACUUCAGGUUGUUAUCAAGAAACAGACAACUCCAUAAGCAUAAACAUUUCCAAGGAAAACCUUCCAUUCUUUUCCCCUCUCUUGACUACUCUUGCAGCACCUGGGAGACACAACUCCUCCUUGAGAAACUUGGAGUUCUACAGAGUUGAAUGGGACUCACAACAGGUAAGACAUCUUGGCACCUUGCUGGGGAAUAACCAAAAUGUACAGCAUUUGGAUUUUAGAAGAAACAGAUUCAAUGGAAAAAGCCUAUCAGACCUUUCUGACAUUCUGAAGGCAAAUAAAGUGAUCAAAGAGAUCAUGCUUUCAGAAUCAGGCAUAGGGUCUGUUGGAGCUGGACUGAUUGCUUCUGCUCUUAUGGUGAAUGACAGUUUGGAGGAGCUUCAGAUAUGGGAAGACUCAAUAGGAUCAAGAGGUGCUGAGGAGCUUUCGAAGAUGAUUGAAGUUAACUCAACUCUUAAACUGUUGACAAUUUUUGACUCAAAUGCCAUCACAGCUACACCUCUUAUAUCUGCAGUUUUGGCAAGGAACAGAAGAAUGGAAGUUCAUGUUUGGAGUGGGGAGAAUAGAGAAAAGAGUUCCAAGAUAGUUGAGUUUGAACCUGAGAACGGCACACUUAGAAUUUACAAGCUUAACCUCUCAGGGACUUGUAGAGUUACCUGUUCUUUAGGCAUGAACUUCACUGUGAAGUCCCUUGACAUGACAGGAGUAAGGCUAAAAUCCCGGUGUGCCAAGGAAUUUAGGUUGGUUUUGGAACAAAACCAGACCCUCAAAGAGGUAAAUUUGUCUAGAACAUACCUUAAAGACAAGGGCAUUGUGUAUAUUGCAGCAGGCCUCUUCAAGAACAAAACUCUGCAAACCUUACACCUGAGUGGAAAUUGGUUCAGUGGCAUGGGCGUGGAACAUCUAUUAUGCCCUUUGAGUAGAUUUUCAGCACUUCAAAGGCAAGCCAACAUUACUUUGACAUGUAUUACUUUUGGAGGAGAAAGAACAAGAAUAGGAAGGGAUGGGCUAGCUGCCGUUAUACAGUUUCUUACAACAAAUGAAACAGUGCGGAAGUUGGGAAUUCACGAUGAUGAGAGUUUGAGAUCAGAUGACUUUGUUAAAAUCUUCAAGAGUUUGGAGAAGAAUGCUAGCUUGAAAUGCUUGUCUCUUCAAGGAUGCAAACGUGUGGAGGGAGAGAUACUGCUGCAGACAAUUGUGGAGACACUGCAGAUAAAUCCUUGGAUUGAAGAUAUUGAUCUCUCCAGAACACCUUUACAAAACUCUGGAAAUACUCAGCGAAUUUAUCAGAGGUUAGGCCAGAAUGAAAAGACUGAACCAGAUAUGGAUUCUGUCAAGGAUAUGCCUUUAACAGAACCCAAGAGUUGCAGAGUUUUCUUUUGUGGCCAAGAAUGUGCAGGCAAAACCUCACUUUGUCAUUCAAUAUCACAAAAUUUCUCUGCUUCGGCGCUUCCCUACUUGGAUCAAGUCAGAACAAUAGUGAACCCAGUGGAGCAGGCAGUCAAAUCAGUAGGAAUGAAGAUAAAAACUUUCAAGGAUGAGGAUACAAGGAUUUCAAUAUGGAACCUUGCUGGUCAUCACGAGUUUUUAUCUCUCCAUGAUCUUAUGUUCCCAGGGCAUGGGAGUGCAUCAUUUUUCCUCAUCAUAUCAAGUUUAUUCAGGAAACCAAGUAACAAAGAACCAAAAAGCUCAACAGAAAUUGAAGAGGACCUGCAGUAUUGGCUCAGGUUCAUAGUUUCCAAUUCUAAAAGAGCAAUACAACAAUGCAUGCUUCCAAGUGUUGCUGUUGUUCUCACACACUCUGACAAAAUCAAUCAACCAUCACAAAAUUUUCAGCUCGCAGUAGAGUCAAUUCAGAGACUUAGAGACAAGUUUCAAGGCUUUGUUGAUUUUUACCCAACUGUAUUCACAGUUGAUGCAAGAUCAUCAGCAUCAGUUAGUAAACUCACUCAUCAUAUCCGAAAGACGAGCAAGACAAUUCUUCAAAGAGUGCCACGGGUCUAUCAACUUUGCAAUGAUCUGAUACAGAUUUUAUCAGACUGGAGAUCUGAGAACUACAACAAGCCAGCCAUGAAGUGGAAGGAAUUUGGUGAGCUAUGCCAAGUGAAAGUUCCACUUUUGAGAAUUCGAUCAAGACAUGACAACAAAGAGAAGGUAGAGAUGAAGAGAAGAGCUAUUGCUACCUGUCUUCAUCACAUUGGUGAGGUGAUUUAUUUUGAUGAGUUGGAUUUUCUAAUCUUAGAUUUUGAGUGGUUCUGUGGCGAAGUCCUUGGUCAGCUCAUAAAGUUGAAUGUUAAGAAGCAACACUCUGAAAACAAUGGAUUUAUUAGCAGGAAGGAAUUAGAAAAAAUCUUAAGAGGAAGUUUGCAGAGCCCUAUUCCUGGUAUGGGUUCAAAGGUUUUUGAGAAUUUAGACGCUAGUGACCUUGUAAGGAUGAUGCUAAAACUUGAACUUUGUUACGAGGAAGAUCCAUCAGAUCCAAAUUCCCUGCUAUUGAUUCCUUCCAUUCUUGAAGAAGGCAGAGGAAAGCCUCAGAGGUGGCAGCUAAGCAUGCCAGACUGCAUUUACACAGGACGUCAUCUUGAGUGUGAUGAUUCAAGCCACAUGUUUCUAACUCCAGGUUUCUUCCCUCGUUUGCAGGUGCACCUUCACAACAGAAUAAAGGCUGUUAAGGAUCAGCAUGGUGCAACUUACAGUCUUGAGAAGUACCUUAUUUCAAUCAGCAUUAACGGAAUCUACAUAAGAGUAGAACUUGGAGGAGAGUUGGGUUACUAUAUUGAUGUCCUUGCAUGCUCCACCAAAAACCUGACAGAAACUUUAAGAGUCAUUCAUCAAAUUGUGAUCCCCGCAAUCCAAAGUGUUUGCCAAGGGAUCACCUUGACUGAGAAUGUCUUAAGACCUGAAUGUGUGAGAAAACUGACACCUCCUAGAUACAGAAAAACUCAAUUUGCUCCUCUGCAGCAGCUGAAACAAGCACUACUUUCACUUCCAGCAGAAAGCAUGUAUGAUUAUCAACACACAUGGAGUCCAGUCCUAGACUCUGGUAAGCCUAUCCUCCAAGACGGAUUUGAUUUUGCACGAGACCUUUUAUCUGAUGAUGACUUCCGGGAAGUUCUUCAUAGAAGGUAUAAUGACCUUUACAAUCUUGCACAAGAGCUGCAAGUUCCACCUGAAAAUAACCCUGAAGGGCAAGGUCAAUCUAUAACCUUAAGAGAUGAAGCUGCAAGGGUUGAACCAACUUUUGGUGGCAUUGCAAAAGGGGUUGAAGAAGUUUUGCAUAGACUCAAGAUUAUUGAGCAAGAAAUCAGAGACUUGAAACAGGAAAUCCAGGGGCUUAGAUAUUAUGAACAUAGACUUCUCCUUGAACUUCACCGCAAAGUGAACCACCUUGCAACCUUUAAUGUGCAGGUUGAGGAGAGGAAAGUCCCCAACAUGAUAUAUUUUGUAAGGACAGAAAACUACACAAGAAGACUGGUCACCACCAUGCUUUCUGGCAUGAAUGCUCUCCGGCUUCACAUGUUAUGCGAGUUCCGGGGACAAAUGCAUGUUGUUGAAGAUCAGAUGGGGUGUGAAAUCAUGCAAGUUGAUAAUGCUGCUGUGAAGUCUUUGGCUCCAUACAUGAAGAAGUUCAUGACAUUGGUAACUUUAGCUCUUAAAAUAGGAGCUCAUCUUGCAGCUGGAAUGGGGCAAAUGAUACCUGACUUGAGUAAGGAGGUGGCUCACUUGGCUGGCUCUUCAGUUCUCUGUGGUGCAGCUGGGGCAAGUGCAGCAGGCGUUUUAGGUGCUGCCGCUAUGGGUCGUAGAAACAGGUCCAUGGAAGGUUCAAGGGACAUUCAACAAGACUUAAGAGCAGCACAGCAAUGGGUGGUUGAUUUCUUAAGGGAGAGAAAGUGUUCCUCAGGGAAGGAUAUUGCAGAAAAGUUUGGACUGUGGCGAGUCAGGUACAGGGACAACGGUCAAAUUGCAUGGAUAUGCAGGAGGCACAUAUAUGCAAGAUCUGCAGAGAUAAUUGAAGUACCAAUUUGAAACAGUUGAAAUCCUUAUGUAACAACACUAGGAAAUAAGAACCUUAGUUUCCAAGUUUCUUCUCUUCAUUGUUUUUGUGUGUUUAUAUUUCCAUUAUAAAUAUGGCAUGUAAUGUAAUGAUGUUCUACAAUACAUUUAAAGGGCACAUGUGUCGAACAUGUAAAUUUUAAUAUGUUUCGUAAGUAACAUGUUAUUCAUACUGAGUAUGAACCUA